AUGGCGUUAAAUCAAGAAGAAAAUUUGUUUUCUGAAGAAAAGUUUGGGGAUGGGUGUUCAAUUGAGGAAUAUCGAAAAGGUAAAAAUCUGGGUGUUGAGUUUAAACCCGAGAAGUCGUGUGAAGAUAUUUGUGAUAUCUUGCCUAACGAUCCGUUUGGUAUGGGGGUUACUCUAGGUUUACCUAAUGAUCCAUUUGGUAUGGAUUUCAAUAUUGGCGCCACUGUCUUGGCAAUAACGGGUUGGAUUGAGGAUGUCGAGAAGGAUUUUGGGAGAAAGAAUUCUGGGUUUGAGAGUGGUGAAGCUUCUGAGGAUAAAAAGGACGAUAAUAAAUUAUUUUCCGAACUGAAUUUUAUUUUGAGCAGCUCCAUGAAGUUUGAAUUAGAAGUAGGAGAUGAAAAGGGGGUUGAUGAAAAGUCAGUUGAUUCAGAUAUGGAUUUGGAUCAUGAUUUGUACGAACACCAUUAUCUGUUGGAAGGUAACAUAGAGGAGUUGAUAUGUUUUGGAUGUGAAAAAUAUUCAUUAUCGAGCGCUGAGAAGAAAGGAAACAAACUUGUCACAAAUUAUAAUGAUGGCAAUGAAGGUGCUCCGCCAGAUGCUUUGUUCUUUGCUCUUGGUUAUCUCGGUGUGAGGGACCUACUUUCUGUUGAAAGGGUUUGCAAAUCUCUGCGGGAUGCUGUUCAGAAUGAUCCCCUUUUGUGGAGAGAUAUUCGCAUAGAUUACCCAUUGAAUGUCAAGAUUACUGAUGAUGCUCUUGUGGGGUUAACAGACAGGGCUCAAGGUAGUCUUCGCAGCCUCAACCUUGUCGGCUGCUUUAAGAUCAAGGAUUCUGGUCUGAAAAGGGUGCUUGAAAAACAUCCGAGGUUGACCAAGUUAAGUGUACCGGGAUGCAUUGGACUCAGCAUUGAAGGUGUUUUGUCCAACUUAAAGUUCUUCAAGUCUUCUGGCAAAACUGGUAUCGAGAUUCUGAGAAUCGGCGAAAUUUGCAGUGUAAAGGAUGAUCAAUUAAAAGAUUUGAGGCUUUUAUUGGGUGCAGACAAAGACAAACAGCGCACCGCCCACAAACCACAUUUUUAUCGUUAUGGGCAGUUGUACCUAUCUUUGGAAGAUGAAUGUGCAAUUGAUGUAGAAGCGUGUCCGAGAUGCCAGCAAGUGAGACUGGUCUAUGACUGUCCAGCCAAGAGUUGCCAACAAAGGCCGCACACCUCACAAUCAUGCAGAGGUUGCACUUUUUGCAUUCCGCGUUGCAUAAAUUGUGGGUGCUGUCUAAAUGAUACUGAUUACGAGGAGACAUUCUAUCUGGACUUGAUUUGUCUGAAUUGCUGGAUGGAUAUCUUGAAUUGUCAGGAUAGAGCCAUGCUUUCACCAAAACUCCCUUAUAUUCAUCAGCAGGCAAGUUACAGCUUUUUCAUCUACGACUGA